UAGAAAAUAGAAAUAUUUGCAAUUAGCUGGAUGACCUUAUAAAUCGUGGGGAGCUUGCUUCUAUUUCUUCCUCUCCAUUUACCACCGAAAACAAACAAGACAGCUCCCCAAGAGGACGAGAUCUUCAUUUCUCUCCUCUUUCUCUGAAAAAUUCAAAGAUGGGGCUGUCUUUUGGCAAGCUUUUCAGUCGGCUUUUUGCCAAGAAAGAGAUGCGCAUACUGAUGGUGGGUCUUGAUGCUGCUGGUAAAACAACCAUUUUAUACAAACUCAAACUGGGAGAGAUUGUCACCACCAUCCCUACCAUUGGUUUCAAUGUGGAGACAGUGGAAUAUAAGAACAUUAGCUUUACAGUUUGGGAUGUCGGGGGUCAGGACAAGAUUCGUCCUUUGUGGAGACACUACUUCCAAAACACCCAGGGACUUAUCUUUGUUGUUGAUAGCAACGACAGAGAUCGUGUAGUUGAAGCUAGAGAUGAGCUUCACAGGAUGUUGAAUGAGGAUGAAUUGAGGGAUGCUGUUCUGCUAGUGUUUGCUAACAAGCAAGAUCUUCCAAAUGCUAUGAACGCAGCAGAGAUAACUGACAAGCUUGGUCUCCAUUCUCUCCGCCAGCGUCACUGGUACAUCCAGAGCACUUGCGCGACUUCUGGUGAAGGUCUGUACGAAGGGCUAGAUUGGCUGUCAAACAACAUAGCAAAUAAGGCAUAGAGACUAAGCAUCUUUGGACUCUGGAUUAUGGAGUAGUGAGACUCUCACAGAAUAGGCUUUGUCAAUUACUUGUAAACGGUUCAUUUGUUAUCUUUCUUUUGUCCAAGGUUUUCUUUUUCAAGGAUUCCUUACUAUGUUUACUGCAGUGUCAAAAUAAAUUUUGAAUUUAAUCAUCUUAGUGGUUAUUAAUU